AUGAACGAAACGGGGCAAGUGGGCGGAGUGAGCGUAUUUUUCAAGCGGAAUUCGUGCGCGGGCGGCUUCGUCGCGUGGGGCAGCUUGCGGUCACAGCACUCCAUGCCCGAGCACGACAAGUACCAGCUGCGUCCGCGCGCAGCGCGCAGCCGCGAGCCGCGUGCGCGCCGCACGCCCCAGCCACUCAGCAAGUACAGAAGAAAAACAGCAAACGCGCGUGAAAGAAGUCGAAUGCGCGAAAUCAAUCGUGCCUUCGAAGCUCUACGUCGGGCAGUGCCGGCCUCAGCCAUCACAGGCACCCCCGUACCCUGCGAGAAACUUACCAAGAUCACAACUCUUCGUCUCGCUAUGCGCUACAUAUCAGCACUCUCGGCUACAUUAAGAGAUUCAAGCCCAGAAAGCGACUCUACACAAAGGCCAGAACGUUGGCCCUCGCCGUUCUGUUCUGAUCUAUCUGAAUUCUCUGCAGAAUUAGAGGCUGAGAACACAUCAGAGUUCGCUGAGGAUUCUCUUUCGCCAUUCGAUUCUUUCUUCGCUGAAUUCGACUAUGAAUACAUAGACAGGACUUUUGCGUGACAUAGUGAAGUGAAUUGUGUUGUCGUUACUGGACCUUAUAAUUAGGUAUUUGUAAUUCUAUCUGCCAUAUUAUUAAUUAUUUAAGAUUAAUAUAUUUUAUGAAAUGUAAUUCGGUUUACUUUGUGUUUAAUAAAUUUUAUUGUUAUUGUUUUU